CACAAACCAGAAGAAGACGCAGCGAGGAAGUUGGAGGAGGAAGGAUGAGUUAUUGACCCGACCAGGGACGACUUUAAUGGGGAAAAACAGGGCAAAACAUUAUGAAUUAUUUGUCUCUACUGCACCAUAAUUAGAAGAAUUCAAAGUGGAUCUCGCCAGAGGAAAUGCCUUUGUUAAUUCAGGGGAGGGAACUUGAGCGCUUAAGCUCGACAGCGGAACUGUUCGAAAGAAAUCCACAUUUGAAGGAAAAUGCGCGAUUAUUUAGCUCCAGACCACUUGUUGAUGUGGAUCCAAAGUGCCUCCUGUAUGUUCAACAAAGAGAGUUUGCAGCAACAACACCUGCAGACGACUGCGUUUCAAUCAUUGGAUCGGGUGAUGCUACCACCUGCCAUUUGGUUGUUCUGCGACAGACAGGAAGUGGAGCCGUUUGCCUUGCUCACUGCGAUGGCUCCAGCACAUGCGCUGAAGUACCGCUCUUUGUGAAAGCUGUCUCAUCGCUGAGUAAUGUUUGUGAAGAGGGCAGACUAGAGCUGCAUCUUGUUGGAGGAUUUAAUGACGACACAAAAACAUCCCAUAAUCUCAGCCUUAGCAUACUUGCUGCAUUUCAAAAACAGAAGGAGGAUAUUCAUCUGGAAACAUGUUGCAUCACAGAAAUGAAUGACAUUGUUGGAAAUGGGACUCACAGACCGAUCGUGUAUGGAAUAGGUGUAAAUGUUAAAACAGGUGAUGUGUUCCCUGCUUCAUUCACUCAUAAAGGGCCGGCAGAGGAGCUGCGAUCAGCACGGACCUUCACAGGGGGACAGAUGGCUGACAUAUAUGACUCAAGUUGUGGACUUGUCAAAAUCGGGCCGUGCAAGUGGUCUCCUAACCUGGAUAUUGCCUUCUGGCUGUCACAAAAUGAUGACACAAUUUUAAAGUACCUUUCCACUUCUCCGCUGGCUGAGCCGCCACACUUUGUCCAGGGCAUGAAGUCCACCAUCAGGUUCCUUUUAGAGCACCCCAACUCCGACAGCCUGUUUCCGGGCGGUCAGCCGCAGCUCUACCGCAGGACCGACACUGGAGCCUGGGAGAGGCUGCUGCGGUAACACAAACCUCACCCCAGGGCUCUGCAGGCCCAGUCCUCCAGGGCCGCUGUCCUCCACGGCCGCUGUCCUCCAGGGCCGCCGUCCUCCACGGCCGCUGUCCUCCAGGGCCGCUGUCCUCCAGGGCCGCUGUCCUCCAGGGCCGCUGUCC